AAGAACCUCUCAGAAGUGGGGCAUACUGGAAAGCAUGAUUUGUUGGACAGGAUCCGAUCCUUUGAGAGGUUCUUGGAGAAGCAUCCAGAGUACCUGGGGAAGGUGGCACUGCUGCAGGUGGCCGUUCCUUCCCGCACGGAUGUGAAGGAGUACCAGCAGCUGAAGGAGCAGAUGGACUUGGAGAUCGGACGUAUCAAUGGACGUUUUUCCACACUGAAUUGGUCCCCCAUUCGAUACAUCUAUGGCUGCAUUUCACAGGAUGAACUCGCUGCCUAUUACAGGGACUCAUCUGUGGCACUGGUGACCCCUCUCCGAGAUGGAAUGAACUUGGUGGCCAAGGAAUACGUAGCCUGUCAGGUGGACAAGCCUGGAGUGCUGAUCCUGUCUCCUUUUGCUGGGGCUGGGGAAACAAUGCACGAGGCCCUGCUUGUUAAUCCCUAUGAAUUGGAUGAUGUGGCUGAUACCCUCCAUCGAGCUCUCACCAUGCCCAUUGAUGAGCGGGAGAUGCGUAUGUAUCACCUGAAGAAGAGAGAGCAGACCAUGAAUGUCGAUUUCUGGCUCACAUCCUUCCUCAAGGCAGUGGGUGGGCUGGUCUUAGGAGAGGAGCAACUUGAGCCCAUGGCAGUCAGGGCCCUGGGUCCCAUGACAAUGGAUGACUUUGAUGAAGUCCUCAGUGACUACAUUGGAGAUUCAGCCAAGGUAGCCCUCCUCUUGGAUUAUGAUGGAACGUUGGCCCCUGAUGCACCCAAGCUGGACAUGGCCUUUUUGCCGACGGAGACCAAGAACAUCCUGGCCCGACUGAGCAAAAGCAGCGACGUUGCCAUUGCUAUCAUAUCUGGGCGGAACCUGGAAAACAUACAAAAGUUGGUUGGGAUCAGUGACAUCACCUAUGCUGGGAGUCAUGGCCUGGAGAUCCUCCACCCAGAUGGAAGCAAAUUCGUCCAACCAAUUCCAGAGGAAUACUUUGUGAAGAUGAGAAGAAUGUGUCAGGAGCUGCAGGACGAGUGCUGCAAGGAGGGUGCCUGGAUUGAGAACAAGGGUUCCAUCUUGACCUAUCACUUCCGAGCCGUCCCAAUCCAGCUUAGAAGUGCAUUCAAGCAGAGAGCAGCAGCCAUCAUAACCAAGAAUGACUACAGGGCCUAUCUAGCUAACUGUGCCAUCGAAGCCAGGCCACCUGUCCAGUGGGACAAAGGUCGCGCAUCCAUCUACAUCCUUCGAACCAUGUUCGGAGUGGACUGGCUGGAGCGGAUCCGUGUCAUCUACGUUGGGGAUGAUGUCACAGAUGAGGAUGCAAUGCGGACCCUCCAAGGAGUGGCUUACACAUUCCGCAUUACCUCGCACAACUUGGUCCGCACUGCUGCAAGCAAGUGCCUGUCAAGCACGGAUUCGGUGUUGACUCUCCUGAAAUGGGUCGAGCGGCACGUCAUGAAGCGCCACAUGCCUGACGAGUCCUAUUACAGCCCACGGCCUCAUUCGGCAAAUGGAAUCCACAGUGACUCCGAGAAUGACGCAGAUGUAAUCAAAAGCAACCAGAAGAAGCGUCAACAUGCUGAUAGUAUCGGUCGAGUAACUCCAGUUGGCUCUCAUCGCAAUGGGAUGCGGAUCGAAGUCUCUCUGGAUGAGUCAUCACUUGACGGAAGCGAGUUCAGGAGCCUACGCAAGAAGAGCCAUUGCCUCGGUCCGACCAAUCCUCAAGGGGAUCGGUUGUCGCCAUUUUAGACCAUCAAGUUUGCUCACAAGUUACUUAUCAUACUCUUUCCUCCAUGAAAUGUAAUCUAUAUUGUCAUCUUUGUUCUCCCUAUCUAGUCCUCCAUAAUUUUUGUAAGUGGUUUUCUGCAAUUUCCUUCUAAUUUGCCUCCAACUAGCUACUUGCAUGAAGGAAAUUUGAACAAGCAAUCAGAUUCAUUGUUUCUACUUGCCCUUGAAUCAGGGAUUUCAUGUGGUUUUUCACAGAUAUUGUCCACUCAGAUUUGUCAGUCUGGUCUGUGAUUAUGCAUUGGUUGAUUAUGCAUUGAUACUUGGUUGUUCUAUCUGAAAGGCAUCACUGUGUGAGUAGUCUUAUCUCUGGCGGUAUAUUUCUUUGUAACCAAAUUAUAUAUAAGCUCAGCAUAUAAAUGGGAUGGGAUUUGUCUUUUUGGUUGGAUUCUUCAAAUCAACUUCAUUGUAUAUGCAGCAUUCAGAACAUGCAGUUGGCAUCUGAACUUCGGCAGCUGCACCAGUGAUAGCUGAAACCUGUUGUGCAUGUCUAUAUUUUCACAUCUCUACUGGCUUUUCCCUUGUGUCAAAGUGUUGAUUCUUCUUUCAAGUCUAAAGGGGGAGCAUAGGUUGGGAGUUGUGAUUUUAAGUCUUCUCAGUUAUUUUGAAGUAAGUGCUAUGUGCAUCCCUGAAUUCACGCUAAAAAGUUUGAGGUGCCUUUCAGUUAUUCAUACCUUGUCUUGUACAUAUUCUAUCUCUGCAACCAUGACCAGCGUCAUUUUCAUGGGAGUCUAUUUAGCGAGGAAGAUUAAGGCUUUUGCUUUGUAAGUCUGCAAGGCACAACUCUUUCAGUUGUACAUUCUAGAGUAUGACUCGGAGCUGUACACUUAUAUAGAACGACUCUAUGAGCCGUACAUUUAUAUAGCAUGACUUUUAGAAGUCGUGCAUUUAUAUAGCAUAACUUUUAUGAGCUGUGCACUUGUGUAGCACAACUCUUUUAUGAGCUGUGCACUUAUGUAGCACAGCUCUUUUAUGAGCCAUGGAUUCCAUUGCAUGUCUAUUAUGAGCUAUGCUUUUUAGGGUGCUACCACUUUUUAGUUGUGCAUCAAACCACUCUUUGAAUGCCAUUUUUUAUUUUAUUACCCUGUCUGUGAUGUUUGUCUCGGUUGCAGAAAUUGGCUUUCAUCAUUGCUUUGGAAGAAUAAAUAAAUAUCCUUG